AUGGGGAGGUUUAGGGCUCGGUUGUACAAAACCGACCGCGCGCGGGAUUUCGAUCAUGAACAGGAUCGAUAUGUCCGUAUGCGCCAGAUCUACGAGACCAUCGACCGACAAGGCUAUCAGUGGAUAGUCGUCCUGGUUGCUGGCCUGGGUUUUUUCCUUGACGGAUACACACUCUUUGCCAGUAACAUGGCUCUUCCGAUGAUUUCCUACGUCUACUGGAAGGAUGAGAUUUCCUCGCUUCGACUCACUUGCAUCAAUAUCGCCACCCUGGGCGGUACGCUGCUCGGUAUGGUGCUGUUUGGGUUCCUGGCCGACAAAAAUGGCCGAAAGAAGAUGUACGGUGUGGAAUUGAUGCUGUUGAUUACAUCUACUCUCGGUGUCGUCAUGGCCUCGACUGGCGUGAAUGGCAGCAUGAAUAUCUACGCUUGGUUGAUCUGGUGGAGGAUCUGUGUGGGAAUUGGUGUGGGAGCAGACUACCCAUUGUCUGCGGUGAUCACGUCAGAAUUCGCCCCAACGAAACAUCGUGCGCGCAUGAUGGCCAGUGUCUUCUUUAUGCAACCUCUGGGACAAAUUGCUGGAAAUCUGGUCUCGCUGGUCGUCAUAGCGGUUGCCCGAAACAAUGGCGCCGAAGACCCCACACGCACAAUGGAUAUGGUCUGGAGAUGGGUGCUCGGAAUUGGUGUGAUUCCCGGUGCAAUUGCAACACUCUUCCGGUUUGCCAUUCCCGAGAGUCCUCGGUAUCUCGUUGAGAUCGAGGACGACCCCGUAACCGCCCAAUUCGACGCGACCACGCUCUUCAGUGAUCCCAAUCCCAGUCCUGGCUUUGAUCAAGUUCCCUUUCCAUCCAACACCGGAAGCUCUAUUCAAUUGCCGCCCAUGUCAUCGAUCACGAGCGAGUACAUCGACGAAGAUGAGGAAUGGACCGAUCUUCCUCCUACCACACUGAACUCGCACUGGCGCCUCGCCAGCACGGAUAUCACUCGAUACUUCUGGACUGAAGGCAACUGGCGUAGCUUAGCGGGCACAGCUCUCGCGUGGCUUCUGCUCGAUUUCGGAUACUACGGCAUUGGUCUUUCCGGUCCCCAAUUCUUAGCGAAAACAUGGGGCGAUCUCCAUAUCGACGGCCCUGCACCGGUCUGGCAGACGGACAGCAGACCCGGCGCCAGCGUUUUUGAUGAACUGUUUGACACCUCUAUUCGCGGCCUGGUGAUUCUGAAUCUGGGGAGCUUCGUUGGUGGCCUGUUGUUUAUUCUCCUCGCCCAUCGUAUCGACCGGGUUGCCCUCCAAAAGUACGGGUUUCUGGCUCUCGCCGCUCUCUUCAUCAUCCUGGGCAGUCUCUUUCUGUCUGCCUACACGGGCCCGGCCGUCACAGUCAUAUUGUAUAUUAUCGGUCAAACUCUUUUCAACUUUGGCCCCAACGCCACCACCUAUAUGAUUCCCGCCGAGAUCUUCCCCACGCGCUAUCGAGGAACCUGCCAUGGGAUCAGUGCCGGUGCUGGUAAAUUGGGCUCAAUUCUCGUCCAAGUCUUUUCAACCUACUAUCGCUUCGGAGGUGCCGACUCGACUUCCACGCGCCGUCACGGUAUCAUUCUCUUUGUCUUUAGCGCAUGCAUGAUCAUUGGCGCUGCAGUCACCCAUUUUUGGAUUCCACCCCUUCAGGCCCAAAAGGGCUCGAAUUUAAUCUGGGGUGGCAAGCCAUAUACCCUGGAGACCCUCUCUCUUGGUCGCAUGGGCCGGAAGAGUCGGGAUAAUGAUCUGCGAAAGAGAGCAUCCCGACAGCGCGCCUUGUCGUUUAGUGGCUAA